AUGGCCAGCCUGCGCGGAGAUGCAGGGCUGGUGUGGGCAAGGACAUGCGAGUUGGCCAUCCAGCAAAAGAUCGAAGAAGCCCUUGCAGUGUGCACCGAGGUGGAAGAGAAAAGCAAGCGACUAGGCAUCACUGUAACCCAGGCUGCUGCCGCAACGUCUCGGGCUGUCGUGGGCCUGUGCCGUAGCCCCGAUGGCCAGGCUUUCAUGGAAUCCCUGCGGGGUCUUGGGGCGACCUGGGGGGAAGCAAGCCUCCUGCUAACAGAUGCGAGUAGUAACAACUUGCCUGAUCCUGGUGACUCUCGCUGGGGCGAGGCAGUCAAAGUGGCAAAGAAAGCUCUGGCCCAAGCAUCGCCGGAUGUGGCCCAGGCCAUCUCUCUGGCACAUCGGCUUGGCUUGGCCUGGACGCCCACACUGCAGCCGCGGCGGGCAACAUCUCAGAGCUCUGCUCCGCUCGGAGCUGCAGACGCCACUUCGUCGCCAGCGAAGGCGAUGGCGCUGAAGGAGCUGGGCCGAAUGCAGGAAGCAGGGCAGGCAGCGAUGGAAGCUGCCAAGACCUACCGCGAGAAAGGGAACCUCGAAGGUGAAGCUACCUCGUUGCUAGUGAAGUCUGCCGCAUUCCUCGGGCGCGACAACAUGCUGGCGCUCCAGGCUGCAAACCAUGCCCUGAAGCUCUUCAAGGAGCUGGGGCAUUACGUGGGCCAAACGGCGUCGCUCCAUGCUCUGGCGAAGGCCCAGCUGGCCAAGCAUAGCACUGACGAGGCCCUUGGACGAGCUGCAGAAGCCCUGAGGCUGUGCCGCUCGCUCGGAGACCGCCUUAGUGAGGCACAACUUGUGGUCACCGCAGCCUCGGCUGCCUUGGCUUCGGGAGCAGGGCGUAAGGCCCUGGGAUUCCUGGAGAACGCGAUACCCACAGCCCGCGUGCUGGAGGAUCGCUUGCUAGAGGCAGACCUCCUGUGCUUGGUUGCGAAAGCUCGUGCAGUCUGCAACGAGCCCGGGGCUGCCGCUGCCAAAGAGGCACUGGCAAUCUACGAAGCUUUGGGCCUUCCCGAACGGCAGCUCCAUGCCCUGGAGGCGCUGAUCGAGGCGUGUAAGGCCAAGCAGAACACGCUGGAUGCCACCGCCUGUGGAGAGAGCCUCGCGUCCAUCUUCCGCGCCGCAAGCAAGCGGAAGGAGGAGGCCAAAGUCUCCGUUCUCCUUUCGCGAAUGCACUCUGAUCUUGGCGAUCUGGAUCCUGCCCUGGCAGCAGCGGAGGCUGCUAUCUCCGUGUUUCAAGCGGCUGAAGACGUUGUAGGCCAGGCGAAAGCACAAACUCUUAGCGCUUCCAUCUUCCUGGACCGCAAGGACUUUGACGAAGCCCUGGUCGCCGCCAGAAAGGCAGCUGCACUUUUCGAGCAAUCCGGCGCGUUGGACGAGGAGAGUCGCGAAGGUCAACUGACUUGCAUCAGCACUCAGGCCUUUGCUCUAGCGCAGCUUGGGAAGUUCAGUGAAGCACUUCAGUACCUGGAUGAGCAGUUGAGACGGUUCCGAGGGACGAAAGACAAGCGAGGCGAAGGACGCGUGCUGCUCAUCAGCGCGCAACUCCUCCAGGCUCAGGGGCGGCUGGAGCAGGCCCUGAGCGCCCUCGCCACUGCUGCACCAAUGCUAGCAGCCGCAGGGGACCGAAGCGAGGCAAAGGCGUGGCAUCUCAGUACUCAGAUUUACAUGGAGCGGAAAGACCUCUCCAAGGCCUUGGCUGCAACGGAGAUGUCGGCCCUAGCCUACCGCAAGGCUGGGGACAAGCGUGGAAGAGCCCAGAUUGCAGCUCUCAUGGCCGAGAUCCAGUUCUUGCUCUGUGGCGUGGAGAAAGCUCGUGAAGGCAGCUUAGAGGAGGCAAAGAAGGCAUCGAAGGAGGCUGUGGCACUUUUCCAAGACCUGCGCGAGAAGAGUGUCGAACUGGGCUACUGUUUGCAUUGCCUCGCCAACAUCAACCUGGCACUGCACGACUUCGAGGCUGCCCUGCGGACCGCAGAGGAGGCCCUGGACCUUUUCAGGACGCUCCGUGAGCCAAUGCUGGAGACUACCGCCUUGCUCAUGGAGUCCGCAGCCUACGUGGGGCUGCAGGACUUCGAGCAGAGCAGGCUCCGUGCGAAUGAGGCCAAGGAGAUCUACGAAGCUGCUGGGGCGGGCAAAGGGGCCGACUCCGUCGAUGAGUGGCUACAGAGCAUCGAAAAGUACGCCAAAGGCGAGCUGAAGAUUCGAAACUUCCAUGGCUUCUCUAUGCGCCGAACAUAUGGAACCCCUGUAGCAGCGCAACGGGAGCAGCGACAAAGUUUCAAGCCUCCGCGGCGGCUUGGGAACAUCAACGACAUCGAGCUCAUGAUCGCUGACGAUUCUAAGACCACACGAAGCACCAUCAUCAUCUACCAGGGCUUGGAGCAUCGAAGUGGUGUGGCGUCCCAGACUGCCACAAAGAAGGUCACCGCUGCCGAGCUUGAAGCCUUUGGGGUUUCUGCCGACAAAGACCUGGAGUAUGAUGUCAGAUGGGUUCAUCGACACAAGUCCAAGAACUACUCCAAGGGCAAGCGCCUGCAAGUUUCUGAUGAGGCAUUGCUGGCUGCAAGCGGACGCCCAGUUGAUGCAUGA